ACUAUUGAUUCAUUCAUUGUCGUUUGACGUUUGCUUUCGUUUCGUGUUUACAAUUUUCUGCAAUUUGUGUAGGUUCGUACACCCUACAAAUCAAUUCUUCACUUUUUAGGAAUCAACAAAGAAUGAGUGCAACAGGCGAACAACUAACCUUGGCAAAAGACAUUAAACGGGCAAUAGAAUUACUGGAAAAACUUCAACAGAGUGGGGAGGUUCCUGCAACUAAACUUGCAGCUCUUCAGAAAGUACUUCAGAGCGAUUUUCUAAAUGCUGUGAGGGAAGUAUACGAGCAUGUCUACGAAACUGUGGACAUCCAAGGCUCCGCCGACAUCAGAGCGUCGGCGACAGCGAAGGCUACUGUUGCUGCUUUUGCCGCAGCUGAAGGACACGCUCAUCCUAGAGUAGUAGAACUUCCAAAGACUGAAGAAGGCUUGGGAUUCAAUGUUAUGGGUGGAAAGGAACAGAAUUCUCCUAUUUACAUUUCAAGAAUCAUUCCAGGAGGUGUAGCAGACAGACAUGGAGGUUUGAAAAGGGGAGAUCAAUUGUUGUCUGUAAACGGAGUAUCAGUUGAGGGUGAAAACCACGAAAAGGCAGUUGAGUUAUUGAAGCAAGCUGUUGGGUCUGUAAAGUUGGUAGUGCGGUACACUCCAAAGGUUCUUGAAGAGAUGGAAAUGAGAUUUGACAAGCAACGCACUGGACGCAGACGUCAAAACUACAAUUAAAUCUUCCCAAACAUUAUACUUUUACUUGGUAUAUUAUGUUAGAGCAAUUAUGUGCUAAAUUAGACUGUUUGUUUGUGAGAAUGACCUGUUAAUGUUUUAUUAUUAUUAUUGAAAUACUAGAAAUCUUUAUGAUAGAAAUUUAAUACAAUAUGUAGUGAUAAUGUCCUGAUAAAAAUCUUGUUAGAUUUUGUUAUAAAGCUACUAUAUGGUAAUUAGUAUAUUGUAUUUUAACACUGAUUCAUCACAUCAUAGUUAUAUCUAGAUGCAAAUAUGCACUUUCCAAAGUGAAUAAAAUUAUUUAUUCUAAUGUCAGUAUUCUAAGGAUAUCCAAUAAAAAUCAUAUUAAAGACUUAACAUAGA